AUGGCUUCGCGGAAGAUUCAACAGGAAAUCGAUAAGACCUUCAAGAAGGUUGACGAAGGCAUCGAAGACUUCAAUGGCAUCUACGAAAAGAUCUACUCGUCGUCAAAUGCGGCUCAGAAAGACAAACUGGAGGAUAACUUGAAGAGAGAAAUCAAGAAACUGCAGCGGUCACGAGAUCAGAUCAAGACUUGGGCAGCCGGCAACGAUGUCAAGGACAAGACACAGUUACUGGAGUACCGGAAGAAGAUCGAGAAGUGUAUGGAGACGUUCAAGGCUGUCGAAAAGGAAAUGAAGACAAAGGCAUUCUCCAAGGAAGGGCUGUCGCAGAACAUCAAGCAAGAUCCUAAGGAGAAGGAGCGGCAAGAGCUAUGCGAUUUCCUUACCGACCAGCUCGACGAGAUCAACCGAAUAUUGACGGAAGAGUUGGAACCUGAGGCGGGCUCGCUACAAGUUGCACUCAAGAAGAAGCAGAAGGACACCUCGAAAGCCGACCGACUCGCCGAGAUUGAACAGUUCACCGACACCUACCAAUGGCACGAAUCUCGACUACAAUUGGUGCUACGGUCACUCCAGAAUGCCAAUCUCGACAACGAUCUAGUAGCAGCCAUCAAGGGGGAUAUUGAGGAAGUGGUCAAGGAGGUGAGAGAGCCGGAUUUCGAUCCCGAUGCAUACGAGGGUAUCUACGAUGACCUGAACUUGGACAAUGAGGAAGCCCAAUUCGGCCUGGCCAAUGAACUCGAUCAUAUCUCGUCACAGGAUGCACAGUCUAUACAAGAUCAUGAUGAGCCUGAACCUCCGGCUCCGCCAAAGAAGACCAAGUCUGAUCCUCCCACCGCACGACGACCCUCUACCCAGCUCAAAUCCCCCCUACCCGCUCUGGCGACUCUGAACAACAUGCCCCCGCCACCUUCAAUACCCAAGGAUCCGACUAUGAAGCCUGCGCCCAUACCGAAUCGGCCACCAGGCGAGACACUCAAGUACGCCUCAGCUGCGGCGGCUGCGGCAGCGAGUGACAAGUCUGGCAUGGGAAUCAACCCACUUCCAGCUCCCGUCAACACCAGUCCUGCCCCAUCCAUGCCGCCUUUACCGGCCCCUGUCAAGACGUCAUCUGUCAGCUCACCAUCGACAGCGCCCGCGCAACCGUCAGAAGCGUCAGCAACUCCGCCUGUAGCAACCGAAACACCUGCUCAGGAAAGCAACGAAUCCAAGUCUCCCACAUUGAGCGCCACCAGCGCGCCUGGAGCAAGCGUGCCCAGCAGCAUACCCCCAACGCCCGCCAUGGAUAUGGCCGAAGCGGUACAAGAGCCCGUAAUUGCCGAUGAUGUUGCGGCAACUAAUGGCGAAUCUCACGAGGAGUCGGAGGAAUCAAUAUAUCAUCUUCCACCGGGGCUACAGGAUCUGCUGGACUCGUUCGAGACGACCAAGAGUAGGGUGUCACAGCCUCCGUCGCAGCUCUCUCGGAUUUUGCAGGCUUCACAAGAGACAUGCCCGGAGCCGCUGGAUGCUGAUCGACCGCAACAUUACCGACCCACCUUCAAAUACAACACGCCCGCGCAUUAUCCUCAAGAUGUACUGCCUAUCUUUGAUGAUCCGGCUUUGUACGACAACCAGCGGAUGGAGACAGAUACUUUGUUCUACAUCUUCUACUAUCGGCAGAAUACUUAUCAACAAUGGCUGGCGGCACGUGCGCUCAAGAAUCAGAGUUGGCGGUUUCACAAACAAUACCAGACCUGGUUUCAGCGACACGAGGAGCCGAAGUCAAUUACCGAAGAAUUCGAGCAAGGAACCUAUCGGUUCUUUGACUACGAAUCUACAUGGAUGAAUCGCCGAAAGGCCGACUUCAAGUUCGUGUACAAAUUCCUCGAAGACGACUUGUGA